AGGAAAGGAGGAGGAGACUGAGGGUGUCGAGGUCCUUAAGCUGGGGAGGGGACAGGAAGAACCCACUCUCGGAAUCUGCUAGUGACUGAGGCAGACAUGAACUUUGGGCUUCUGCACUGUAUAUAAAAGCAUUAUAUUAUCAAAUGGUCACACCUGGAGGCAACAGAGACGGUUUGGUAUUGUUACUAUGCGGAAGCUAGGCCUGGGGAGGAAAGGCAUGGAGCACCAAAUAGAAGAGGAAGCCCAUCAGCUCGUGGAGGUUUUUGCACGUUCAAAGGGACAACCACUUGACCCCUCCAUGCCGAUCACUAAUUCAGCCUCCAACGUGAUAUGUGCUGUGGCUUUUGGGCACCUGUUUGCUCUUGAAGAUGAAAGGUUCCAGAAGCUGAUAGAAGCUAUGAAUUUUCUCCUAAAAUAUCUAUGUAGCUUUGCUCAUUUUCUAUAUGAAAUGUUCCCAUGGCUUAUGAGACGUGUCCCAGGGCCUCACAAGAAGGCAUUGUACUGCCUGAACGCAAUGCUUUCAUUUGCAAAGGAGGAGAUAGAGAAGCAUAAGGAGAAUCUAUCUCUGCAUGAGCCACAGGAUUUCAUUGAUUUCUAUCUACUUCAGAUGGAGAAAAGCAGGAAUGACCCAGAGUCCACCUAUGAUGAAGAAAACAUGGCUUGGUGUAUUUUUGACUUCUUUGUAGCAGGGUCAGACACAACCGUCAGUUCUCUGAAAUGGGCGCUUCUCCUCCUGGCAAGUCAUCCAGAUAUCCAAGAUAAAGUCCACAAGGAGAUAGAAGAUGCUCUAGGUUCUUCUCACACAAUCUGCUAUCAAGAUAAAAAGAAACUGCCCUACACCAAUGCUGUUAUUCAUGAAAUACAGCGCUUUAAAUAUGCCUUAUUUUUCGGGAUCGCCAGGAAAUGUACAAAGGAUGUGAAGCUGUGUGAUUUUCUCAUUCCCAAGGGAACUUAUAUUAUUCCUGAUUUCCGCUCUGUUCUUGUUGAUCCCACAAGAUGGGAGACACCUGCAGUGUUCAACCCAAACCAUUUCUUGAACAAGGAUGGACAAUAUGUGGCUAGAGAAGAGUUUCUGGCGUUUGGUGCAGGGUCUCGCAUGUGUUUGGGUAUGCUGCUAGCAAAUACUGAAAUUUUCAUCUUCCUGACAAGCCUGCUGAGGGCAUUUCGCUUCCAGCUGCCAGAAGGAGUGAAAGAACUCAAUAAAGAGGCUUUACUGGGGGCUACAGCACAUCCCCAUCCUUAUAAACUAUGCGCAGUUCCCCACUGCAAUGCAUAAUAAAAUAUGAAAGUACAUGGGGCUGCACCU